CUCAGCCUUUUAUUUUGAAACCUGUUUAAACCAGGAAGUAAAGCGGAAACGCGUUUUCUGCAUGUUUUUAGGUUUAAACAUAGUCAAGUCGCUGUGGUGAGUGACGAGAUGCAGUGAUGGUGGUGGUCAACUUGUCCUUUGCUGCUUGUGGCUUUCUGGGUAUCUAUCAGCUUGGCGCAGUCGAUGCUCUUCUCACACACGGGCACCGGCUGAUGUCGUGUUUAAGAGCCUGCGCUGGGGCAUCAGCUGGAGCUCUGGUGGCUGCUGUCCUCAUCACAGCUCCUGACAAGCUGGAGCAUUGCAAAGAAUUUACCUAUAGAUUUGCCAGCAAUGUCAGAAAACAGAAGCUUGGUGCGAUGACGCCUGGAUACGACUUCAUGCUUGAGCUGAGAGGCGGCAUCGACCGAAUCUUGCCUCCUGACGCUCACCUGUUGGCCAGCGAGCGCCUGCACGUCUCCCUAACCAACUGCAGCACGGGGAGGAACAGCAUGGUGUCCAGCUUCCUCUCCAGAGAACACCUCAUUAAGGUUCUUCUGGCCAGCAGCUUUGUUCCUCUGUACGCGGGAGUAAAGCCAGUGGAAUUCCAGGGCCAGAAGUGGAUGGACGGGGGAUUUACAGACAGUCUUCCCGUCCUCGCCGUGGGACGGACCAUCACCGUGUCUCCGUUCAGCGGCCAGCAAGACGUGUGUCCGCCUCACGUGGGUCGCAGGAAGCCGAAGCUCAGACUGGCGAACAUGACGGUUACACUUUCCACGGAGAACAUCAAACGCCUGAACCAGGCCUUGUUCCCGCCGCCCUUGCUCCGAAUGCAAGAGUUGCAUCAAGAAGGCUACAAGGACAUGCUACGCUAUCUCAGGACAGAGGGCUGGACACAGGCGUGAAUAACAAGGGCUGUGUUUUUAUUCAAUUUAUUAAACCAUGAAAGUGUAUGACAAUAAAUUGACAUUGGGGAAUAGAGGGCCAUUUUAAUUGUAACAUCUUGAUCGAACUAUGUAUAUAUGUACGUAUAAGAUAAAAAAUUAGAGUAAGUUGCUGUUUCUAAAAAUAAAGUUGAAUUUUUUAUUUGUAA